AUGUUCGGCUGCUCUGUUAAAUCCACGGGGUCAAAUUUCAAGUCUUUCCAAGUGCUGAAACGUUUCACACACGAGUAUGCACCUCGUUUCAAGCACAUAAGUAAGAAGCAAAAAGGUAGAGUACCUGUGCGUGUUGGUGGUUCAACAAAAGGGUCCACACUCCAGUUUGGAAGAUUUGGGCUACGGUUAAAAACUGAGGGGGUAAGGUUAUCGGCUCAACAGCUAAAAGAAGCUGAUAAUGCCGUCAUGAGGUAUGUGAGGCCGUUGACCAAUGGUCAGCUGUGGAAAAGACUGUGUACAAACAUUGCUGUUUGCAUCAAAGGUAAUGAAACUCGUAUGGGUAAAGGUAAGGGCGGAUUCGAUCACUGGAUGGUUCGUGUUCCUACCGGCAAGAUUAUCUUUGAAAUGGAUGGUGACGACCUUCACGAAAAAGUAGCUCGCGAGGCCUUCAGGAAGGCCGGUUCAAAGCUUCCUGGCGUUUAUGAGUUUGUCUCCAAGGAAUCACUGGUGAGAGUUGGACUCAAGAGUUUCAAGGACCCCGAACAUGAUCCAAAAAUCGACUACAUGGAGAAGCUACGCAAGAAUCCUACAAAGGAGUUUUUAAACUCAGAAAGGGCUAAGCUGCCUCAAUAUCGCAUGUUCAGAGGUCGUUAA